AACAGGACGCUGCUCUGGGCCCGGACCCGCCCCCUCUGCCCUAUCAGCCCGCUCCCCCCCCGACCCCCGCUCACCCUUAACAUCCCUCACCCUUGCAGCCCUUCCAGCCAAGGGGAGGAGGAGGAAGGAGGGGGAUGCAUGGGGAGGAGAGGGGAGGAAGGUGAGGAUGGGAGGGAGGGGACUGGGGUGAGGCUGUGUGAGUUGCUGCAGGCAGGGGGGGUGAGUGUCAGACCUCUGGGGAAGCACUUAGCCAUCUCUCUGCCCUCGCUUCCUCUGCGUCUCUGGGAUACAAACACCACACACACCGCACACUCCACACACCUUGAACCCCCACACACACACCCUCCCCCUCCCCCUCUUCCCCCACCUUACCCUCUGGAAACCUCCGGGCAAAGGAAACCUUUCACGCCUCUCUGGCAGCCUCCCCAGCCCCAUUCCCCAACCGGUGCAGCUCAGCAUUGGCCGAGGCACGAAGCUGAUGGCGACAGCAGCACACGGCAUUGGUCCUCCUGGAGUUUGGACCGCCCCGACGCCGUGGUGACACCAUAUGACACGCCACCAGACCGCUGUGUUCCCAUCAGGCCGCAGGCGUCCAGUCAGCACUAUAGCUUCAGUUGCCAGUCCUCUCCAGGGCACUACAGCUCCCAGCAUGCCCCAGGGCAACUUGGUGAUCCCUGCUGUUACCGCGAAGAGGCUGAGCUAUCUGAGCUUGACUCCCUUUACCAGGCCAGUCUGCUGGCUGGAAAGACAGGCUGCAGCCCAUCAGAGAGGCUCAUAUCCAGGGUGGGAGGACAGGCUCGCUCUAAGACCCCAAACGCAGAGAUGGAGAGGAGUGUGUAUGGGGCGGACUGCACCAGCACCCCCACCUACCUCAACAAGCCAAUGAUGUUGCGGGAUAUGCGUUUUGGGGUGGAGCCUGAUGAUGGGGAAAACCUGAGACGAAUUGGACGCAGCCUGAGCGGCACAGUAGUGACCCCGCGCCGCAGCCGUCUGACUGCAACCCGCAGCCUUGAGCUGUCGGGCGGUGCUGGGAGUUUCUGGCUGUGUCUGACGGGGGUCAAGCUGCCUUCUGACCAGAGUCCUUCUCUGCUUCACUAAUGUCUCACCGCGCCCACCUCCACACUGGGCGCAGCAGCGCCGGGGUCCUUGACGGCCUCACCUUGACGGACCUGGAAUUGGCUCAGGAGGAUCAAACUCAACUCCUAUCCUGUACCUUCUCCUUCUCCCUCAAACAACAUGCACAUGCAAACACAUGCACGCACACAUGCACAUCUGCACUGACUUAGAGCCUCCCUCAGCGCCUGCAGCACCCUGCUUAGCCCUUCCUGGCCUUCCUCCCUCCCUCCCCCUCCUUGACCUACUAUUCUGUCUAUGCAGUCACUCUGACCCCCAACUACAACCUCAACCUUCCCCCCUAUUUCCGGGACUGUUGUUUCUAGUCUCCCCCUGGGUUUUCAGAUGGUUUUCCUGUGCAGUCAGCCUGGCGAGCAUGCCUCUUUCAGUGGUGUGUCAGGUUGGUAGCUCACUUGCCGGGUGUGACUGGGACCUGAGCUCUCGGCAGUGUCCUCCACCCCACAGGGCUCUCAGCUCAGGGGGAGGCUCUUACCAAGUAGCCACGCCUCUUCCUCUUUCUUCACGGGCAUUUCCUGUUGGAUGCACACGUAGCCGAACUGGGUCUGUAUCAGAUGGACAGCCAUAUUUUCUCUCAUUUUGUUUGUUUUUUUUCUUCCUGUGUGCACACACAGUAAACCCGCCCGAGACCGAACUCUCUAAUAACUAAAAGUCAUGUACAGAAAAACUCAUGUAUGAAAACCUGUAUGUUAAUUAAUUAAGACCUUAUGGAAUGUUGAUAAUGAUAAUUAACGAAUAUUGAUAAACUUCAAGUGAUACUUCCUCAUGUCUGCAUUUCAAAUAGGAGUGGAGUGCACUUCACAAGUGUCUAGCUGGAGUUUCCGCCCCCCAAACCGCUAGCCGACCUAAUGACAGCUCUCCCGUUUCUACCGGGAGAUUAAACAAGAAAAGCGCUUCCUUUUUCUCUGCUUCUUUCCUAGUUCCUUUCUUUCUUGCCUUCUCUCUUGCUUUUUUUUAUUCGCGCUUGCUUUCUUUCUUCCAAACAGGAAACAGUAGCACCACAAAUAGGCCAACAGGGGAGGAAAGUUGAAGAAGGAAUGCGAGAAUGUAGGUUAGGAAACCCUUCUCUGAGGCUUUAUCAAUGAAAAUAGAGAUGACUCUGCGUUUUGCAAGGUUACUCGGCAGAAGUGCACUUUCCGUAGGCUAUUUGACUGAGAAGUGGCUGGAGAUAACAUGAUGGUGUUUGUUUUGCUUAAAGGCCUCAGGUGAACUUAAGUGGCACUUAUGAAUUCACACUUGUAUUAUUUCUCCCUCCCACUGAAAAUGUGUUUAAGGCCUCAGAUGUGAAUAGAAAAUCAUCCUCAGCCUGAGACAGUCACAUGUCUAAUAUGAAUAAUGCUUUAUAUGAUAUAUAUGUAUGAGAGGUAUAUUUUCAGCCAGUGAGCUAUCUUCUUCAGAGAUGUCACCAUUCCUCAGUUGUAUGAACAGUUAUAACACUCACUCCCCCCUUUACUGAGGAGCAUUCUGACAUGUUUAGAGUAUAUUUAUUAUAUGCUUUAUUCUAUUAAAUAAUAUAUGAAAUAACAAAGUCCUUAUAAAACAACUGGCCAAUGUAAAGUACUUCAAGGAUUUAUUGAUGUUGAUCGAUCGUUGUAACUAAACCAAAGGUUGGCACUUAACUCAGAGAGCGUAUUUAACAUUGCUGUUUUAUUUUUAUUUAGUUUGUUGUUGUUGUUUUUGUUUGUUUGUUUGUUUGUUUGUUUGGGGUUCUGGAUGUGGGAGAAUGUAGCCAAUUGUAGCGCAUGAGUCCGCUAUGCAAAUCAACCUUCCCUCACGAUCCUGUAUCAGAGACAGUCAGGAGGCAGACACACCCACCAACAGCGCUCUCAUGGACUCUGGCAGAGACACGGAGAGGAGGAGGAGAUCUCAUGUCUAAUGCUGCUGGUGAACUUUGUUGUUCUGCAUCUACUACUAUGUUUUAACCAAUGGAAUGCAAAAAAAGGGGAGCAACAAGGAGGGAGAGAGCAAAGAGGGAGAAAGAGAACGAAUGAAUGUAAAAUAAAGGAUGAAAGUGUGUGUUUGUGAAUGAUGUCAUGGUCAGAAACAGAGAGGGUGAAGAGUCAACCACUGCAGAUGGUUUAUUGUUUGUGGGUGUGUGUGGACUGUGUUUCAGUUCUGGGGUGGUGUUGCUCGGGGAAAGAGGGAACCUGUAUUUUUGCAAUAAAGUUAUUACCAAUGCACUCCCACAGGGGGCGUAACCACAGUACAAUGGCUACAAAUGUCAU